AUAUAAGUCUUCCAAAAAUCUAAAUUAAAGUCAACUUUUAGCUCCACCUAAACGACAACAUUCAUUCCCCUAAAUUUGUUUAUGGCCUGAGAAUUGGAAGUUAUCAUCGGAACUCCACCAAUGGCUGCCGCCGACCACCGCAAGCGACAGCAGUCCGACGGGAAACUCUGGUGGCUUUGCCCCUUCCCUAAAUCUAUAUUUCCGGCUAAGCGUCGGCUCCGGCUUGAUCCUUCUAGCAAUCUCUACUUUCCUUAUGAACCGGGAAAGCAGGCGAAGAGUGCCAUAAAGAUUAAGAACAAAAGCAAAUCUUAUGUAGCUUUCAAGUUUCAAACUACUGCACCAAAGAGCUGCUACAUGCGACCUCCCGGAGGUAUUCUUAUACCUGGCGAAAGCUUGAUUGCCACUGUCUUCAAGUUUAUUGAACAACCUGAGAACAAUGAGAAGCCUAUAGAUCAAAAGACCAAUGUAAAGUUCAAGAUCAUAAGUUUGAAGGUGAAAGAAGGAACUGAUUACGUACCUGAGCUGUUUGAUGAACAAAAGGAUCAAGUCACUAUUGAGCGUACUCUAAAGGUGGUGUUCUUGGACCCUGAAAGCCCUUCUCCAGCACUGGAUAAACUAAAACGACAGCUGGCCCAAGCUGAGGCUGCAACAGAAGCUGACAAGAAACCUCCCGUCGACACAGGUCCGAAAGUUGUGGGAGAAGGUUUAAUAGUAGAUGAAUGGAAGGAGCGGAGGGAGAGGUAUCUUGCUCGGCAACAGGUUGAGGCAGUGGAUUCAGUAAAGCAGUAGAGGGUGUUUAUGUUACUCUGAAGCAGCUGCUGCAUGCCUGUUGCUGGAGCAAUGAAUUGCAGGACUUUAAGAAGCACAGUUUUGAGCAGGGAAAACUUUAACUACUAAGUCUGGUCCAGUUUAUGUGACCUUAUUUCCUCUUUAGUCUUAAAAUGAGUUGCCUUUUCUAAAUUUAGAAAGCAAUUCAACUUUAAACUUUCUAUUUUGCCCUUAAUCAUAAGCUUUUACAACCACACAAAUGUUAUGA